GAACUCUAUUACUCCUCUGAAAUGGCAUGCUUGUGGUUGGGUGGGAUGAUGCAUGGUAAAGAGGCUACUGCUCAACAGCCCUAUACCUACUAAGGCCAAUCUAAGUCUGAUGCAAACUGAACUGGAAUCAAUGCUAUUAUUACACUGUUAUGGACAUGUAUAUGUGUGGGGUAGGGUGGAAGUAGCCCUUGAUCAUGACUCUCAGUUCCAUUACAUUACACAUACAGUUGUCGGAAGUUUACAUACACCUUAGCCAAAUACAUUUAAACUCAGUUUUUCCACAAUUCCUGACAUAUAAUCAUAGUGAAAAUUCCCUUUCUUAGGACAGUUAGGAUCACCACUUUAUUUUAAGAAUGUGAAAUGUCAGAAUAAUAGUAGAGAAUGAUUUAUUUCAGCUUUUUUCUUUCAUCACAUUCCCAGUGGGUCAGAAGUUCACUCAAUUAGUAUUUGGUAUCAUUGCCUUUUAAAUUGUUUAACUUGGGUCAAAUGUUUUGGGUGGCUUCCACAAGCUUCCCACAAUAAGUUGGUUGAAUUUUUGGCCCAUUCCUCCUGACAGAGCUGGUGUAACUGAGUCAGGUUUGUAGGCCUCCUUGCUCGCACACGCUUUUUCAGUUCUGCCCACAAAUGUUCUAUAGGAUUCAGGUCAGGGCUUUGUGAUGGCCACUCCAAAACCUUGACUUUGUUGUCCUUAAGCCAUUUUGCCACAACUUUGGAAGUAUGCUUGGGGUCCUUGUACAUUUGGAAGACUCAUUUGCGACUAAGCUUUAACUUCCUGACUGAUGUCUUGAGAUGCUGCUUCAAUAUAAUAAUAAUAAUUCAUAAUUCUCAUGCCUCAUGAUGCUAUCUAUUUUGUGAAGUGCACCAGUCUCUUCUGCAGCAAAGCACCCCCACAGCAUGAUGCUGCCACCCCUGUGCUUCAUGGUUGGGAUGGUGUUUGUUUUUUUCACAUCAAAAUACGUUCAUCUCUAGGAGACAGAACGCGUCUCCUUCCUGAGAUGUAUGACGGCUGUGUGGUCCCAUAGUGUUUAUACUUGCAUACUAUUGUUUGUACAGAUGAACGUGGUACCUUCAGGCGUUUGGAAAUUGCUCCCAAGGAUGAACCGAGACUUGUGGAGGUCUACAAUUUUUUUCUAAGGUCUUGGCUGCUGUCUUCUGUUUUUCCCAUGAUGUCAAGCAGAGGCACUGAGUUUGAAGGUAGACCUUGAACUACAUCCACAGGUACACUUUCAAUUGACUCAAAUGAUCAGAAGCUUCUAAAGCCCUGACAUAAUUUUCUGGAAUUUUCCAAGCUGUUGAAAGGCACAGUCAACUUGUAUGUAAACUUCUGACCCAUUGAAAUUGUGAUGCACUGAAAUAAUCUGUCUGUAAAAAAUUGUUGGAAAAAUUACUUGUCAUGCACAAAGUAGAUGUCCUAACCGAUUUGCCAAAACUAUAAUUUGUUAACAAGACAUUUGAUGAGUGGUUGAAAAACUAGAUUUAAUAACUCCAACCUAUGUAAACUUCCGACUUCAACUGUAAGUCAAUUGGACGAAGGCGUCUUCUGUACGAGGAAGUUUUGUUAAGAGCCGCGAAGCUCGGUUUGAACAUUAUCACGGAUCGCUUGCUGUACGGUUUUGGAAGCAUACGGACCUUCGCUUUCAUAUCAGCAAGGAAAAAAUAAAUACAUGAAUAAAGGUUCAAUUGAUGCACACCUUUUUAUAGGGUUAGGGUUCCCGCAUGGUCAUAUUUCCAUGUUACAGAAAACAGAUGGAAGACAGUGGACUACCUGUGCUAAUUAGCUAUCUGAGUCUCCUAACACUUGUGUGUAAAUGGAAGAUGGACGCCACAAACGUGUUGUCACUUAAAAAUACUGUCAACUGCAACUGUUAAAACCGGUUAAGACAGUGUACAGUAAGUGUGUAUUUUGCAUUUGUGAAAUAAUUUUUGAUGUGAUAUGAAAGUAGAGGGAUUUAGGUUUCUAGAACCGUACCGCAAUUGAGAAUCGAUUCGCAUUUAGAUGGAGUAUUUGGCUGUUUAUGCUUCCAGAGCCAAUUCACCCUUUAAAUAGAAGUCCUUUAGUCCAAUAUUGGGCCGGUGGAAGAGGAUCAAUAAUUAUUCUCAAAUUACAUUGGUUCAUUAGUCAUUUGUGAUGUCUUGUCAUUAAAAAUCUUUUUUCAUCCGGACUCGGUCAGAUACAGAAACACGAGUCAUAGACACACAUUGCAGCGGAACAAUUGAAUCAAAGCUCUAACUGUUCCCCCUACGGAAGCGUUUUGAUAUUGCACCGCAACGUUCACGUGUAAACAACUUGUAUGAUUUUGUUCUACAUACUUUAUGUAGACAUAUUUCUUUUCGUACGUGUCGCUUCAGUAGUUAAUACUAAUAAACCGUAAUUCAGCAACUAGUUUAAUCUUCAAAUACAUCCACCUUAUUUGGAGUGAAUAUGGCUUCACUAUCACAACAGGGCGAUGAUAGCGACGAUGGCAUGGACGACUUUAUGGAGAAAUUCAAGAAAGAGAAAUAUAGCAACGCCUUUUCCGAGAAGAACUGGGAAGAGGAGUUCGAUAAGGUGCCUAUGUUCAUGAAGACGGCGCCUGAUGAGAUUGACCCCAUGAAACACCCGGAGCUGGCUGCUAUUCAGUCCAUCAUCCACGACGAUGACAGACCACUAGAGGAGCAAGCCGAGAGCCUGAAAGAUGAGGGGAACGACUACUUCAAAGAGAAGAACUACAAGAAAGCUAUAGUGUCCUACACAGCUGGACUGAAGAAGAACUGCAGUGACUCUAAUGUCAAUGCCAUCCUUCUCACUAACCGAGCAGCAGCACACUUCCACCUGGGUAACAUGCGCUCUGCACUGAAUGAUUCUGUCGCUGCAAAGAAGUUUAAACCAGACCACCUCAAAGCAUUAAUUAGAGGUGCCUCAUGUUGUAUGGAGCUGAAAAAAUAUACAGAUGCCCUGCUGUGGUGUGAGGAGGGGCUCAAGCUGCAGCCCACAGACAAGAAGCUACUGGAUCUGAGAGCUACAGCAGAUAAACACAAGAGAGCAGCAGAGAGAGAUGCCAGGAAGGCGAAGGUUAAAGAAAAGAAGGAGUUCAGUGAGAGAGAGGCUCUGCUGGCUGCUAUAAAGGGGCGUGGCAUCAAGUUACUGAAGCCUAAACAGCGUCCUAAGCGCAGCUCUGACAGUGACGAUGAUAAUAGAGGCCCCUCUAGAGCCAUGGCAGGCCUGGACCUGGACGGUCUGUGUUCUGUGGAGGCCACAGGGGCCACGGUGUUCCUGGAUGAACAGGGUGUCAUGCAUUGGCCAGUCCUAUUCCUCUACCCCGAACACCAACAAACAGACUUCAUCUCAGCCUUCAGCGAAUCCUCCAGCUUUCUUGAUCACCUGACUCUCAUGUUUGGAGAGGAACUCCCACCUUGGGACACUAACCGGAAGUACUCUCCCCAAAACCUCCAGCUGUUCUUUGAAGACUAUGAGAAAGAGUCCUUAUAUCAAGUCAAUCCAGAGACGCCUCUCAUUAAAAUCCUUCAGCAUAAAAGGUGUUUUGUAAAAGCAGGAAGUCCCAGCUUUGUCAUUCUGGUAAAAGGGUCGCCGUUUUGCGAGAAGUUCUUAUCAGAAAGGAAAACCAUUCGACUGUAAUGACACCUCAUUAAUCAGCCUAGACCUGUCAAUCUCAGACUACUGGUAUGAACUCUUUCCCACCAAUCGGAAAGGACUGUACUCCUCUCCAUUCCCUGCCCAAAGUAAAUGUAAAAGUGUAGAUUUAGCUAUUUAAGAGCAGAGAUUAAUGUUAUGUUUGGGAGCCUUUACAUUGUUCCACAUAUCUCCAACAUACUAUGUGAUUGGCAAGAUUGCAGUGUUCAUUACUGUAUGUAUAGAUCAAAUUCUACAUCAGUGUCAAUCUGGGAACCUGUCAUAAUCUGUUAUAAUUAAGUCACCAUGUCACUUACUAAAAGGCCUUACAACAAA